CUCUUCUCCCCUGGAUUCAGCUGGGGGCCUAACGGAACUCCAGGGAGCAGGAGUCUCCGUUGGUCCGCACCUACAGGUGCUUCACUCAGCUCAGCUACCCAGAGCCCUGUGUCCUGAAUGAUUUCCAGCAGACCAGCAGCUCUGGGUCUAAGCUUUUAAGAAAACAAAAAUUAUGCUACCCUUGAUAAGGGGCAGCAUUCAUGUCUCACACCCAGGCAGAAGCAGAAAUGGCCAGAAUCCACCCCUACUUUCUGGGCCAGACAAGGCCACAGUUUGAGAGUGUUCAGCACACGCCGAGCAUCAGAUGGACUUUGUUUGGAGUUGAACAUCCCUGACCCCUACCGUUUCUGUCUUCCUCAUCCCUUUAAUCACUGUGCAAGCCACAAAAAGCUGAAGGGAAAGGAACAGGGAUGACUUCUGAUGGCAUAUUUAGAGGUGUGCCUGGGAAGUUCGAGCUCCAGGAGGGGAACGUUGAUGCCCAGGAUGAUCCUGUCUAACGCCACAGCGGUGAUGCCUUUUCUGAACAAGCUGUGGCAGGAGAUAGUUCAGCAGGGAGGCAACGUGUCAGGCCUGGCCCGCAGGUCCCCCCGCAGUGAUGACAGCAAGCUGGAGGCCCUCUACGUCCUCAUGGUGCUGGGCUUCUUUGGCUUCUUCACCCUGGGCAUCAUGCUGAGCUACAUCCGCUCCAAGAAGCUGGAGCACUCUCACGACCCGUUCAACGUGUACAUCGAGUCUGACAGCUGGCAAGAGAAGGACAAGGCCUACGUCCAGGCUCGGGUCCUGGAGAGCUACAGAGCAUGUUACGUCGUCGAAAACCAACUGGCUGUAGAACAACCCAACACACACCUUCCUGAGACGAAGCCUUCACCAUGAACCCCACCACUGGCUAACACUGGACACAUCCUGCCUGGCAACCUGAUUUUCUAAUCACAUUCCUCUCAUACUCUUUACUGUAAUGGGUACCACUGGAUUUCUUUUUUGCUACUGUAAGGGGUGAGGGGUGGAUUAAGGACAUUGUUUUGCUGUUAUUCUAAAAUCACAUUCUUCUGUGACAGACUGUCACUGGUUCCCCCAUAUCUGUCCCUGCCUUGUAAAAUUUAGCAGAAUCCCUGAGGACAUGGCCUCUGAGAAUAGAAGCUGCAUUUUCCAGAUUCCCUUGCAGCUAGCAAGGUUGUGUGACUAAGCCCUGGCCAGUAGCUAUGGAAGUGAAGAUGGCAAUGUCCAAGGAAUUCUUGGAAAGAAAAUGACGUGUCCUUUACUUCCCUGGUCCUGCUUCCUAGUGGCUGGACAUGGAGGGGGUGGAGAGCAGCUCUGAGUCUGGAAAAUAACCAGGCACUCAAAGAACCACACACAUCCGGGCCUGGGCGAUGUGGUGGAGCAGGGUCCUCCUUACCACCCACAGGCCUGAUGUACAGGAGAGAGAAACCCACCCCACUCUUCCUUAAGCCACUGUUAUUUUGAUCUUUGUUAAAGUAGCAGAAUCAAUGCCCUUACUAAUGCACCUACCUUAUAGGACUGAACCUAAAGGCAUGACGCUUCCGUACUUGUCACAAGCACACACUGAUUCUGCCCUAGUCACUUCUGUGCUCACUCCUGUGACACUAUUCUCCUGCCCUUCCGCCUCUCACUCCUCCCUUGCACACACCCUUCACACAUCUCCCCAAAAACACACAUACACUCAUAUACACAGAC